GAUGGAGCGAAUAUUGAUCUACCAUACCAAAUAAAUUCAAACAUGCUGGCUUCAAUGUGCAUGGAUCAAAGGAACUAUACACUUUUGUUGCCAAGAUGCACACUUGCCCUCGGUUGUUUCCUUCCGUUGGACUCACUUCCCCAGUUCCCCUACUCUUCUUUCUCUAUCUCAUAUAACCAUGAUCAAGCUUUAUGGAUUUUAGUUACAUAUUUGCUUACCCUGCAUCAUUAGCCAUGAAGACAUUGUUAUUUAACCCUAAUUGCACACAAAUUUGGUAGCAGUCACCUUGAUGUGUUCUUUUUUACUGUCUGUCUAGGAGCUCUUUUUCAUGUAGCUGUACUUUCAUCGGCUCUCACGUGAGUUACAAAGACCACAAUCAUAUCCUGAAUAACUUCCACCCUCAACUUUAUGAGUAGGGUACAUAUUUGGCUGCUGAUUACACCUAAAACCAAAGAUGCUUUCAAAUAGUAGCUUUGGUCUAGAAGCUUUUAUUCUCUCUUGUGUACCAACUGCCCACCCUAGUAUAAUCUAGCUUUCAAUGAUGAGCAUGUUGAGGUUCUGCGGCAAGAUCUGGAUUCUUUUCCUUGUUAAUUCAAAUAGCUAUACUAUAUUCUUUUGGCUGUUAGCACAUAACGUUGUCAGAUCUCUUGUUUCAAUAUUCAUCGUUAAGUAGGUCUUGGAUUUCGCAGAAGUGGGUGCAUUAUUUUGACAGUCUUUUCAAUAAAAGACAGCUGACCUUCAGUAUCUCCAGAUAAGAUGAUACCUUUUGUGUCAGAGUAAUACCUGUCAUUUUGUAACUCUGGUUAAGGAGCCUGGUGGUUAUGUAGAGUGGAAGCUUCUUGUGUAACAAACUCAAAUUUGGUAAAAGUUUCCAAUGUGUUGCCUAUGUAUAUACUUGACAGUGUCAUAGGUAUGAUCUACCUUCAUUCAGGAAUCAUAAUUUUACUCUGUUCAGUGAUUUAAAAGCUGUGACGACUGACAACGUGAGGUGAUAGCAUAAACAUAAGUUUGUUACAUAAGUGUUUGAAGACACUUUCAUCAUGCUGUAGAGAUUGUCAGUUAAGGGAUUUUACUAGUGAUGGCCAAAUCAUGUCAGUGCUGAGGUGUGAAAUGACACUUUUUAUAACCUCGCAUAUCGUAAUCAUUCCAGAACUUGACCAUCCUCUUGAGGAUCUUUUCAGUAUCAGACCGUGAGGCCCCAUCAGUCCACUGUCCCUGGUUGAUCUGCUGUAGAGAUUACUUGGUCCACAUGAUUCACAUAAGCCUUCUCAAACUUUACGCACAAACAGGGUGACAGAUUAAAAAAUAAGUGAAGCAUGUGGGAGCUUGUUAACGUAGUGAUAUAUGCUAAGAUAAUCCAUGUGAUUCCAGCCAUCUGUGUAGUAGGCAAGGCCUACUUGGCUAUUUUUUUAGUAGAUAGGCAGUACUGUUGAUUCAGUCCCUUGAUCAAGUGUAGGCUUAAACAAAAGACUGAUCUCACUUGGUUGUGAGUGUGUGUGUGACCUUGCGUGGAGCUGAAGGGGUUCUGCAUAAAUUAAACCAUGUCCACGUGACAACCUGUAUGGUGUUUCCAAUUAAUUGGAUUCAGCUACAUGUGCCCCGUCAGACCAUGCUGCCAUCAGGAUACACUUUGAUCAUCUCCCACUACCACUAGCUGGUUUUGAUUGGUGAUUUGGCAUAUUAUACUGAAUUAACAUCGUACUUAAGAGCUACAUGGUCCCUUGCAUAGCAUCUUACCCUGCAAUUGGUACUAUAUGCAGGUCUUUUGAUUGUAAUUAAGUUCAUUACAUAGCUAUGGUAUGCUAUUGAGUCUAGGGUUUAGGGUCAAUGUGUCAAUUUUCUAAACAGGCACCUAAUGAUCUAGGAUUAUAUUACUAGUGGCAGUGGAUCAUGUGAAUUGAAUAUUCAAGAGACAAUGAGAAUUUGUUCUGCAUCUAUAUGCUGUCAUUGGCUGUCUAAUUGGAUCUUUAUUAGCCUAACGAGAUAUUUAUUCUCUAACUAUUGUGCUCCUCCUAUGUCACUAAUUCGUCAUGAUCGAAUAUAUCUGACACUACACCAUGCAGGUUCUGUAUCUGUAUAAAUAGAAAUAACUGGUGAGAUUUAAGCCACCUUCAUUUUGAGGGCUACAAUUUUCUACAGUAAUCUGUCAAACGAAGAACAAAGAACUAUAAUGUUUCUAUGUUUUGGGAGUAAAUGACUAGUACAUGCAGUUUGUUAGCAUCAGGAUUAUAAGCCAUACUUUUUUUUGCCAGCCAACAGUGUUUUUCUCUCAUAAUAAAUCAACGAACAGUACUUUCAGUCAUGACUUUUCAGACUAGCGAACAAGCUAUAAUGCUUUAGGUACUACAUCUGUACAGAACAUAGCUCUAUGCCUUCAGACACAGGCAUUGGAUUUGUAUGGCAAAUACAGUUGUAGUUCCAAAUCUAGCUGUGCAAUGCCGUGAACUAUUCCACUUGUUACUAUUAAGUUUUGCCAACAUCAUGCAACCUUAGAUACCCAUCAAACUUACGGACAUCGAUGCACAAUCAUUAAUUGCAUUUUAAAUGCUAUUUUUUUUAGCAACAUAUACGUUGCUUGUGGCAUAGUUUUAUACAUGCUACUUACAUACACUAACAUGACCAAUGGCAUUAAACUGUCUGGAAACUAUAUAUGUUCUCCUCUGACAUUUUACUUUAUUCAGAUUUGCUUUUGUUCAGUCCACAUCAGAAAACUUUUAUUUUGCAUGUAUGCUUUGCUCUAGGAGUUCGAGAGAAAACAGUUUGAAAAAAAUGCAAGUACAAAUGCAUAUGCAUUGCACAUGAUUACACUGUGAGAUCACAUUCUAAUGCUUCUCUCUUAAGAUUCUGGAGGUUGUGAAGGGCUAAUCUUAUCACACUAGCAUCAUUUGUCAUUAAAAGAACAAAAAAUCUUGUACCACAGCUGGUAGUUGCACUAUAGCUUGUGUACAGGCUGCAUUGACUGGUCAAACCUUACCAUGAUUCUUCUGAGAUGUGCAGCAAUUGUUUCCUUGGAAGGAUGUAUUUAUUAUAUGUUUUUUACAUAUACUAUUUUUCAAAGCAAUAGUUUAUUGGACUUAAGUUGCCUUUAUCUUUCUUACUCUCAGGCUGCUAAUUGGAGCUAAAAUGGUUAUGCAAUGCUAAUUGUUCAAAUCUGUUGUGUUGCAAAUCCCACCAUCUUAGCAAUGAGAUUAAUUUAUUUUGUUUACCACUCAUGCCUUCCCCUAUACAUUUUCUCAUCAUCAUUACCACUUUAUGAGCUGCAUGGUUAGACAGCCUUUAUCAUUAGCACUUAUGCUCUUAUCAAUUUUCCAGCAUUUCUAUACAUUUUUCUUUCAAAAGCUUGAUUUAUUAUACUGCAUGCGAACUUUAGUAAGAACAAAGCUGAUUAAAGUUUGACGCCAAAGGCAUCAUAUAAGAAAACUGUUUUUUACACAGUUGCGUGUAAAAAAUAUUUUGUGCAAUGCAAUAAUUCAGCACUACUGUGCAGGGAUCAUAUUCAUUGAUAGCCAGCAUUUGAAGCAACAUUUCCUUAUAGUGUGAGGAGAACAGUAAAUUAAAAUUAACUAUGUGACCCAUACCUGUAUUGAUUAUGAGGCGCCGCAAGACAUGGGCUCUUGGUGCCAAAGUAUCGGAUAGACCAGUCUGCAUCAGAACACUGCUGAAUCUGAUAUACAGUGUGAGUUCUGGUCUCCAAGUCGGCUUUCUCACUGGCAUUUCUUCAUAUCCUGUUGAUCAGAGGCUCUCCCACUUGCAGUGCUAUACAACACAACAGUGAUGCAAGCUCGUUGGUCGUCGGUACGGGUCAGGGACUUGAGCUGGAAUUUAUACUGUCUUAGUGCCACGGGAAGCUCGCUCCAUCUUGCCUGCUCUUUGGGGUUCUCCUGUGCAGCUAUCUAGCACUAUUUAACAUCCACCACCUGCCCAUUUCUUCUCCCAUGCACUUGUCUUCCUCCUCCAAUAAGCUUCUCUCCAGUCCUUGACUACCAUUUCAUCAUCUGUGUAUCUCAAACUUGCUUGCCUCACUCCUAACAUCUCAGUUUGUUUCUCGAUCUCUUGCAAAACUUCUUUCCCCAAUCUCCCAGACAACCACAUCAACCAAGAUGUCGAGCCGGAGGUCACGGUCUAGGCAGUCUGGUUCGUCGAGGAUCACUGAGGAGCAAAUCAGCGACCUUGUAUCAAAGCUGCAGGACCUCCUCCCCGAAGCUCGCCUUCAGAGCAAUGCUAGAGUGCCAUCUGCGAGGGUGUUGCAGGAGACAUGCAACUACAUCAGGAGCUUGCACCAGGAGGUGGACGACCUGAGCGAGAGGCUGUCGGAGCUGCUGGCUACGUCCGACAUGAGCAGCGCGCAGGCGGCUGUCAUCCGAAGCCUGCUCAUGUAGCUGAGACAUGCAUCUCGCAGCAGCGUUCAUAGCCUAAGUAGAGUGAUUUUUAGUACUUGUUGGAGAGGCAGGUCAAUCACCUAAUUCGCCCGUGUACUUCGCCUACGUGCAUUACGCACUGUUGUCGUCUCGCUACCUGAGCCAGAGGCCAGAGCUAUCUUUUUUGUGUACUUAUUAAUCAAUCCUAUCGUUGUUGGCGCAAAGCUUAUGUCAUUUCGUGUA